UUAUGUUUUAAGAAUAAAUAUCCUUGGCUGAUUUUGUGUUAUAGGAAGCUAGAGAGAAAUGCUUUGAGAUUGAAGUUAAAGCAUUCAAACAAUUUGAGAAGGAGAAAAAGUAAAUCGUUGAGAGAGAGAAAUCCAAUGUUUAAGAAGAAAUUAAUACAAGAUUUAAAAAGAAAGCUCAAUAGGAGAGAAUUAAGCAUAGUGCUCUUGUUAAUGGAGCUAGAAUGAAACUUAUGAAUGCCAGAAACUAAGCAUUGAUGAAGAUCUAUUCUGAUGUAUAUUGAUAAUCAUAGUUAUAGUCUUAAUAUCAAAUAUAUAGGAUGAUAAGAUAAGAUGAACGAUUUUAUGAGGAGUUACUUAAGAAUUUAAUUGUUUAAGGUUUAAUUAAAUUGUUUGAGCAUGAGGUUGUAGUUAGGUAUUCUUAAUUUUAUAUAAAAGAUGUUUACAUCGAGAUAUAAGACACGUUAAGAAUGUGACCGAUGAUGCUAUAGCUGAAUUUUAAGAUAUUUUAAGAAAAGAAUUGAAUGGUCUUGAAUUUGAAGUCAAAAUAGAGGUAGAUGAAGAUAAAUGUUUGGAUGAAAGAACUCUUAUAGAUAACUCAAUUAAAGGAGUUCAAGAAUAUUCCCUAUAAGAAUCAGCUUCAGAAGUAUUAGAAAUUAUUGAUAAAUUAAGGUUAUUUCUAAAACAGAAAAUGAUAAGAAAUGUUUUGGUGGAAUACUGUUAACCAACAAGGAUGGUCUAAUUGUUUGCAAAAAUACGUUAGAUGUUAGAACAGAAUAAACUUUUUAAGACUCAUUACCAAUAAUUAGAAGUACGGUGUUUGGAAAAUGAU